AGUGCGUCAUGCCUGCCGGUCCCGCUGCCGGCCCCGCCGCCGGCCCUUCUCCAGCCCAGGGCAGCCCGGCCAUGAGAGAGAUGGAGCCCAAGGAUCAGCAGCUUGUGGUGGCACUUCGGAUCCGCCCGCUCAGUGACUCAGAACUGGAGGAAGGGGCCGCCGUCAUCGCCCAUAAAAUGGGGGACCAGAUGGUGGUGCUCAUGGACCCUGGAGAGGACCCUGAGGACACGAUGCGUGCACACCGGUCGCGGGAGAAGACCUUCAUCUUUGACACUGUUUUCGACCAGCAUGCAUCCCAGGAAGACGUGUAUCGUGCCACCACCCAGCACCUAGUGGAAGGUGUUGUUUCUGGAUACAAUGCGACGGUGUUUGCCUACGGCCCCUCAGGUGCAGGGAAGACCUACACCAUGCUGGGCAUGGAUGCGGAGCCCGGCAUCUACCUGCAGACCCUCACCGACCUCUUCCGGGCCAUCGAGGAGACCCGCAGCCACACAGACUGCAGCGUGUCCAUGUCCUACCUGGAGAUUUAUAACGAGGUGAUCCGGGACCUCCUGAACCCAUCCUCAGGGUUCCUGGACCUGAGGGAGGAUUCUCGGGGCAGCAUCCAGAUCGCAGGCAUCACGGAGGUCUCCACCUCGAACGCCCAGGAGAUCACGCAGCUCCUCACCAGAGGCAACCGGCAGCGCACGCAGGAGCCCACGGCCGCCAACAAGACGUCCUCCCGCUCCCAUGCCGUGCUGCAGGUCACCGUGCGCCAGCGCAGCCGCGGUGCGGACGUGCUGGAGGAAGUGCGCGUCGGGAGGCUCUUCAUGGUGGACCUGGCGGGCUCGGAGAGGGCGUCACAGACCCAGAACCGCGGCAAGAGGAUGAAGGAGGGCGCCCACAUCAACCGCUCCCUGCUGGCUCUGGGCAACUGCAUCAACGCGCUCAGCGAGAAAGGCGGCAGCCGGGCGCAGUACGUGAACUUCCGGGACAGCAAGCUCACGCGCCUGCUGAAGGACGCCCUGGGAGGGAACAGCUGCACGGUGAUGAUCGCGCACAUCAGCCCGGCCAGCACGUCCUUCGAGGAGUCUCGGACCACCCUGCUGUACGCCGACAGGGCCAAGAACAUCAAGACGCGGGUGAAGCGCAAUCUGCUGAACGUGUCCUACCGCAUCGCGCAGUACACGGACGUCAUCUCCUACCUGCGCAGGGAGAUCGAGCGCCUCAAGUCCAAAAUUGAGACGCAGGAGGAGAAGAGAGGAGAACCCGGCGUCCGGGAUGCACAAGUCAUGAUCCCCCCACCUGAUGGAGAGGAGGAUAGCCGCCUGCAGAUGAACAAGAUCCGGACACAGCUCAUCGGGGCCUUCAAGGAGCAGUUGGAGAUGCGGCACAGCCUGGUGGAGCUGGAGAACGCCAACAUAGAGCUGCACGUUGACACGUCCCGCCACCUGCUGACCAUUGCCGACUGGGAGCGGGAGAAGACCCACCAGCAUGUGCACAGGGACAGGACGCCAGAGAGGGAUGCAGAGCUGGCAGAGGCUGAGGCGGACGGGGACGAGGGCGAGUCUGCAGAGCCGCAUGAGGUGGCUCUGGCCAGAGAGGAGGUCAACAUGCUUUUGGCCGAGCAGCAGAAAACCUCGGCCCUCAAGUCCCGCUUCAGGAAGAGGGCAGAGCUGGCGUGGCUGGAGGGCCACGGCUCAAGGGCACGGCUGGAGGGCCACAGCGCGGCAUUCACCAUGGAGGCAUCUGAUGAGGCCGCGCUGCUGACAGCAGGCGACACCGCUGGGCUGGAGCAGCGGCUGGCCAACGCCAAAAGGAAGGCGUCGCAGCUGGAGAAGCUGCUGCCCGCGCACGUCAUGAGCGAGGACCAGCGGGAGGUGCUGCGGCUGCUGUGCCGGGUGCACGAGCUGGAGGUGGAGAACACGGAGCUACAGGCCGACAACCUGCGCCAGAGGCACCUGCUGUGUCAGAAGGACUUCGUGAUCCAGCGCUUCCACCAGCACCGGCGGCUCUGCGAGCAGCUGGUCCAGGACCUGUGCCGGCUGAUUCAGGGUGGCGGCGUCGCGGUGCCAGAGGCCCUGGACCGGCGCCUGGGCCUGUACUGGCGGGAGCUGGGCGCGGGCUCGCUGAACCGCCUGCUACUGCUGCACUCGGUCAUGUCCAGCUCCCUGCGGGAUGGCUCUGUUCUGAACAUAUGCCCCCCACCUCCGGACGAGGCCAGCCGAGACCAGCCGGACGACAGGGAGGACCUCCCAUGGGGCGCCCAGUUUGAGCUGCCACCGAUGCUGCUGGAGACGGACAGCAGCGGCUACAGGUCGUCACAAGCCACACCGUCGAAAACGCUGGGCAAGCAAGAUUCCCUUCUCCCGCCACCGUCCCUCCGCAUCCUGCUAACCCCUCCAGCUCACGAGCCAUCGAGCUCCCUGAGCGUGAAGAAUUUGGUCUCCAAGCUAUGCUCCCCGACUGGCCUGGACCUGGGCACCCCGCGGAUGGCAGCAGAGGCCGGCGGUCCAGCCCUGAGCGCUCAGGCCCUCAAGGAGAUGGCCGUGAGCACCAAGGGCAUCGCCCGCAUCGCGGCCACCCGACGCUCCAAGGCACAGGAACGCGAGGGUGGCAGAGGCCACUCCUCCCUCCACCUUCCGGAGGAGGUGGCCCUGGACUCCAGGGACCCGAAGGCCAGUGUCACCCCAGACCCGAGCCCAGCGGACCGGAGGCGGCCCCUCGCCAGCCCGGGCAGGGACCGCUCUGCAGAGAGGAAGCACAGGAGGAAGCGGUCACCCUCCCUCACCUGGAACGCGCAGCCGGUGAUGGAGCCCGUGGCUGAGAGCCAGCUGCCCCCGGCACUCCCGCAGCUGACAAAGUCGUCCGGAAAGAGCUUCUUCCCCGCCGUCCCCAUGGCCUCCAAGAGGAAACCCAGCCUGGGUGUCCACGCAGACGAGAAGAUGCCCCCGGUGCCUGAGGUCAGCUUCACCUUCCCCAGCGCCACGUGGCACAGCAGCCCGGGCCCGGGCAAGGCCCCGCUCCUGCCCCGGGACAUCCGAGGGUCUACAGAUAGCGGAGGCCGGCACCACAGCCCACUGCCCCCCAGUGCCCCCCACAAGCCCCGGGGCAGCGCCAAGCGGCCACAAAGGCCACAAUGAGGAUGUCAGCCGGCAGGCCAGGCACGCAGGGGCAGGCCAGAGAGGCUGGCCCCAGCCACAGGGCUCUCUCUGCCUGGGUUCGCAAGACGGAUCGGGGGCAGCCAGCCAGCUUUCUGCAGCUCUCUGUGCCAGCGGCUGCCUCGCCAACCCCCUUCAGAGGGAGGCCCUUGAUGGAAUGUCAGAGCCCCUCUCCAGGACGUCUCAGGAGCAGCCUCAGACCUCAUUUGGGUCAUUCGCAGUCGUGGGUGCUCGUCUAGGAUCCCUCCAUCCCACCAUUUCUGCUCCAGGGGAACGCUGCUGCUCUUCCCCUGAUUGGGCGAGGCCCACCCACGCUAUGGAGGGUCCUCAGGUGGACCCGAAGUCUCCUUGCUGGUAGAAAUGUUAAUCUCGUCUGAAGAACACCUUCGCAGCACCAUUUACAAUGGUGUUUGACCAGACCCCUGGAUGUCGUGGCCUGGCCACGUUGAUGCUCAAAUUAACCCUCAUGCCCCAUGAGGCCCAGCAGAUGGCAGCGUCCCAUCCCCGCGUGUGCACAGGCUCCGGAUCAAGCCUGCGUCGGGGACGAGAGCACCCUCCAUUCCCGUGACCCCCCCCACUGUGUUCUCACGGCCCUCCGCACACGCCGUGCAGCAGACACUGCGGCCAGCGGUUGGGAGACAGCCAUGUGCGCUGCGAGCCCAGGAACCAAGGUUCUACCGUCUCAUCGGGAUAGAAAAGUCCGGGAAAGCCCGAGCACCGUCCGUGGGCGCCCGGGCGUCGCCUCCUCCCGCUCUGCUCUCAGCACUUGCUGUGGCUGUCAAUCCACUGCCCACGUGACAGGCUUUCAGGGGCACCGUGUGGAGGCCAUGGGACCAGAGCCACCUCCCUUGUGGCAGGAGCCACGCCACGUGUAGCCUGCGGUGGAAUCGAUGGGUGGGGAGUCAGCCUGUAGCACGUCCGGGGGAGGUGGUGCUGUGGCCUCGAGGCCUGAGUGGAAAGCGGGUUGUCUCGGACCCGUGGGUGCCUGGCACUGGGUCGACUACCCCAUACGUGUUGUGCAAACUGCACGGCUGGGCGCCACAGCCCGACUCCCUUCUCAUCGUAAGACCCCCUGUCAGGGAGGACCCGCUGGGGACUUGUCCUUUCGGGGCCUUCUGGAGGAGCACGUGGAGGUGGGAGGUCAGUCCCCCAUUUACCUUUGGGGGUUCUGCUGCCUUGUGUGCAGGCCUGCCAGGGGCCCUCUGAUGCCCACCUCCUACCCUGGGGCAGUGCUGAGCCUGGGCGCCCUCUGAUGCCCACCUCCCCUUCCCGGGGGACAGUGCAGAGCCUGGGCGCCCUCUGAUGCCCACCUCCCCUUCCCCGGGGCAGUGCUGAGCCUUGGGGCAGGGAUGACUUCUGCUUUCCCAUCCUGGCCUCAGAUCCUGGGUAGGGCAAGAGUUACUGGUUGCCCCCUAUAUCUGCUCACUUUCUUCCAGGAUAAUAGAACCCCCAAUUUUUAGCUAGUCACGUGGCUCCCCAAAUAAGGACUGUACCUCUCAGCCUCUUUGGCAGCUGCAUAUGUCCGCAUGACUGAGUUCUGACAGAUAGGAUACAAGCCAGAAGCAGCUGCUUCCAGGCACUUUCACCACAAAGGAUCAUUCACGUGUUCUUCAUGCCUCUUUCCUCCUUCACUUCCUCAAUCCUACUACCUGGAAUGUGAAUGUGAUGGCUGGAACUCUAGCAACCACUUUGAGGCCUUGAGGACAAAGGCCACACCCUCAGGAGGAUGGGGCAGGCAGCUGAAAGGAGCAGAGUUGCCUCUCACCAUUAUUACAUCCUACCCCCAGAUGCGAACUUGAGAGAGGAGUGAGUGCACCUCAUCUUAACUGAUGGGGAGGGGAAGCCCAGGCAGCUGCCAGAUGUGGCUGGAGAAGUCCCUGGUACUUUUGUGGAGUGACGUCAACAGAUUAGAAAUGACAGCAUGGCGGGACAAGACGUGGGGUCAGGCAUAGCCCCCAAGUUGUUUGUAGGCUGGCGUGAGCGUACAGGAGGAACUCCUGGUCUUUCUACACCCCGUCUCGAGCUGGGUGGAAAAGAGAGCCAUGGACUGGGAGGCUGUGGACCAGCCCAUGCACCUGAGAAAGGGCUGAGAAGGCACUUACAUGGGGGAGGGUGGUCCCCAGCCUCAUGGGGGUGUAUUAGUCAGGGUUCUCCAGCAAAACAGAACUACGAGGGUGUGUGUGAGCGGAGACACUUAGUUCAGGGAAUUGGCUUGUGCGAUUGUGAAGGCUUGGCAAGUCCAUGGUCUGCGGGGUGGGCCAGCAGGGGAGGCCCCGGGCAACACUGUCUGCUCAGGGAAGGUCAGCCUUUUGUUCUAUUUUGGAUGACCGAAUGUGGCCCACCCACAUGAUGGUGGGCCGUCUGCUUUACUCAACACCUGCUGAUUUACAUGUUAAUCUCACCCCAAUACACCCCCACAGAAACAUCCAGAAUAAUGUUUGACCACCUGUGUGGGUGCCGUGGCCCAGCCAAGUGGACUCGUGAAAUUCGCCAUCACGGGGUGGGGGGACACAGGACCAGGAAGAGCCAGGGUGGAGAGGUUCACACCCACUCCAUGCCAGCCUGUGACAGCUGGGGCGGCCCCUGAGCUCAGGGUCAACCCGGGUGAGGGAAGCUGGGGGAGGAUCUUGAAUUUGGCCCAGUUUGAACCCAAAAUGACUGAGGAAAGUUGCAUAAGCGUCUGUGUCCACAGGGGUUGUCUUUGGGCCCAUCGGUUUCAGGUGACUGCAGAUUUGCACCUGUGACAUCAAGGUCACACUGUGAUCUCACCACUUUAAAAAGACAGGAAAUUAUAUAAAGGGAGCGAUAAAAAUGUCCUCCCCUACCCGUGCCUCCUCGGAGCUAAGUCCUCUUCCAUGACUGGGUGCAUGCUCUUCCCAGUUUUCCCACGAACCGUCCAAAUUAAGAAGUGUCUCACCUUAGGUCCCCACAGUGGCAGAGGCUGUCACAAGACUAGGGCGCAGGUGGCUUCUUUGGGAGGGGAUGCUAAGGGGCGGAGAGGCCAGGGCACAUGAGACCGGGAGGAAGGGAAAGUCACCAGGCCCGGCACCACGGUGGAGCUGCCGUAGGCAGCAGGAGGCGCAGUCUGCCAGGACUCCGGGCUUCCAAGCAAGCCUCUGGAAUAGACCCCCAAGCGCAAGGGGAGGGGACCCCGGGGGACACUGGCCCUGCAUUAGGCUGUGCUCGCAAGUGGCCCGAGCAUUCUCGCCCCAUCCCCAGCACUAGAGGAGCCCCAGGGCAGAGAAUGGAAACUGGUGCAAAACUCAGAGCAAAGUGCAUUUCAACACUGUCCACAGGCUGCAGCUGAAGGCCAAGGCAAGGCCUGGGGGCCAAAGGCACCCAGGACAAAGAAACACACACACACACAUGCACACACCCAGGCACCCGUCUCCCGCCCCCCUCCCCGCUGUUGCUCACACUGUCCCCUCUGCUUGGAAGCCCUCCCCACCCUCCCCACCAGCUUCUGGUCCUCACCCAGGAGGCCUCUCUCCUUACCUGCUGGCCCAGGGACUCAGGGUCUCCUCUGUCACUGCCCUUACACACCAUGUGACGACUGUCUUUCCCCUGCUGCACCUUCAGCAUCUCGGACCAGGCCCUGCCUUACAUCCUUGCGUCCUCCCUGGUCCGAAGCAGGUGCCCGGGGCAUGGCUGUGGAAUGAAGGGGUGAGUGAGUGAGCAGUGCGGGGUGCUCAGAGAUGGAGGUGCAGGGCGGGGGCCAUGGCCUGGGACAUGUCGUGCUGGGAGGCCGGUCCCUCCACAGCCAGCGUGGCGUGCUGGGAGACGUGCAGAGGGGCACACGUGCAGCUGCCAUCCAGGGGCUUCACUGUGUCCGUGCUGGGACCCAGCUAAGGCAAGGGAACGCAGGCACCAAAAUGAACAUCUGUCAAGGAAGGGGGAGGGUAAAACUUUAUCGCUGCAAGUCUCUGGGGGCUGUCGUUGGCCUGGGGACGUGGAGCACUGCCUUGGGUACUCGUGACUAAGUGGCUGAGCUGGAUUUGAACCCAGGGUGUGUGGCUUCUUCCCUUGUCACCCCUGGAAGCCAGGCCAGAUAUGCUGGGCAAUAGGGAGCCACAGCAUGUUCCUGAGCGAGGGAGAAACCUGAGCACGUCUCACUGUUGCAUGGAAACUGGAGCCUCGCAGCUGCUGGGUGACGGUGGGCUGAAAGCUGAUGGACGAGGAAUGGGAAUGUUGGGAGUCCUUUAACGUUUGCAAACCGGGCGAGAUCCUGUGGGUGCCAUAUACACAGCGUACACACACCUGGGAGUCUACACUCACCUGUGUGUGCUGUGUGGAACAGCCGUGGAAGGAAAUCCUAGAAAUGGGGCACAGGGAGCGGCUUGAGGGCACGUGGGCAGCAGACCCCUUUCUGUUUUCUACCCAUUUGGAUCCGUUUUCUACCCAUUUGGAUUUUUUCUACCCAUUGGAUUUUCUACCCAUUUGGAUUUUUACCGUGUUCCUGUAUGACUUACUGUGAAAAAGAAAAAAAAGAAAUUAUUUUUAAAACAGCCAUGGUUCCAUUAUAUGCUGGUGUGGGCAGCUCUCUGAAAUACACCAACUGAAAAAAAAUAGA